AAAUUAAGAACGAACGCUGUGCUUUGUUUUGAUGCGGGUCCGUUCUUAAUUUUGGGUAGUUUUUAUUCUGAGUGAUCAUUCAAAAUCAAAACAUCAACAUCUCAGUGUUGAUUUUUGAAAGGGCACAUUCCUCAAUAUCAGUAUGAGGAAAUUGCAUUUUUUGUGCGCCGUUUUCAAAAAUCGAUCAUGAUCAUAAGCAUCUAUAGUUUGAGGUUAGAGCUGAGACUUUUUGUUAAGGUGGUGUUUGUGCCGAACAGAAGUCCUUAUGGCUUAUUUGUAAAAUUGUAAUGAAAUUUCCAAUAUAAGCCAUAUUUUCACGCAUUUUAACUAUAAUAUUGCAGUAAAGGUCCUUGUUUCGAUCUUAAGGUUUUCAAAAUGUUGGCAAAAGCAGCUCUAACGAGAGCAUUUGUUAGGUCGCUAUCUUCAGUAGCGUCUCCGGAAAUUGCAGUUUCCACAGCCGUCGAUACAGCUGAUGAUUUUCUCAAGCAUCCAGACUAUUUCGGGGUACAUCGACUUUUUACGGUGGAGGAUUUGUUCAAGGCCAAGGUUCAUCUUGGGCACAAAGAUGGGACUCUACAUGGCAAUAUGAAAAAUUAUCUAUAUGGCAGUCGUUUAGGGCACUGCGUUAUUGACUUAGACAAAACAGCUGAACACCUUCGAUUAGCCCUCAACGUUACCGCUCACAUAGCGUACCGUGGAGGGAUAAUUUUGUUUUUCAAUCGUACUGCUCAAAAUGGGCAUAUUGUGGAGCGGACAGCAAUGGAGUGUGGCGAGUAUUCGCACACUCGUCAUUGGCGAGGUGGUGUUUUUACAAAUGCCAACGUCCAGUUUGGGGCUGUAACACGACUGCCAGAUUUGUGCAUAUUCUUGAACACACAGAAUAAUAUCCUGGAGAUGCAUACAGCCGUGAGAGAUACCGCGAAAAUGGCUAUACCGACCAUUGGAAUUGUGGAUACGAACUGCAAUCCCAAUCUUAUAACGUACCCGGUGCCCGGCAACGACGACACACCAUCGGCCAUCGAGUUGUACUGUAAACUAUUCAAAGAGGCCAUUCUUCUGGGAAAACGGCAAAAGAAAGCCGAAACAACGAAUAGUGUUUGAAUUGAUGUAUUCGAAGAGUAUGAUUGCACUUAUAGAUAUUUCUUCAAUAUAUUGAACGUUUAGCUUUAAA